CACGGAAGUUCACCCACCACCACCGCAAGAACAUCACUCACCAGCGGUAGCUGCAGAGAAGGAAGGUUCCAUAAUGGAAGAUGCGGCCAUUCAACGAGGUGGACACGAAAGGCCACAAGAAAAACUACCAGAAGCAGCAACAGCAGCGCCACCAGAAGGACUUCGCACAUCUGCGGUGAGAUCUUCGGAAAAAACAGAAGACGUUACUGAUGAAAAUGAAGAAAUUGGUGAAGAGAAUGCUGAAGAUGAAACGAAAAAACAACAAGAACAAAUACAACUACCGCAACAACCUCAACAAUUCGGAGAAAAAGGACAGCAGCAGCAACAACAGGAAGAACAACCGCAUGGAUAUCCCACAGACGAUGGCGAAGUACCCAAAAAAGAUAAAAACGCCGUUGGAACCAACAACAGUGAUGGCAGCACCGCGGUCUCCCACGCCACCUCCCCUCUUUUGCCUCUUCUUCUUCUUGUUGCGUGUGCGGCUGCUGCUGCGGUGGUGGCCGCGUGA